UAGUAUACACAAGGCCAUGUGACAAUGGCACUGGCUCUGGCAGUACCCAUGAGCAAAGCUAGUAGAGUGAGGACUCCACUCAAAGAUGUCACAGCAUUUGUGAAGAGGGUUAGAAGCAUACUAAAAAAGAAGGUGAUCUUCAUUUGGAACUCUAGAUAUGCCAUGUGCACUGUGUUUUUCUGCUCUAGGAGUCUACAGUACUCUGGGCAUAAGCAUAUCUGAAGUAUACCUUGGAGGGUCCCUGGGGCAAGAGACAAGUCUGCCUGCACACUUUGAUGUUGAUCUAUGCAUCUAUUCACCAAGUCUGCAUCCGAGCACGAAAGAGGUAUCUGAGGAACAGUACAAAUUCAUACUGGGCAGAACAAUCAAGUGCCUAAGGCACUCCAUUACUGACAUAAAGAACAUUGAGAGGUUGUACCACGGCUGGCGUUUCGAGACCUCUAACCUGAACAUUGAUUUACAACUCAGUCCUCAAUGGAAGAAACAAAACUUGGGGGAUUUGUACGACUACCUCAAAGGAAUGCAUCCAAAGAGGAGGAAUUUGUUUUGCUGUGGACUGUUCAAGUAUCAGACAAUGCUAGUAAAAUCACAACCACAACAAGAAAAAACACUUAUAAAAAGAUUCAAGGCAUGGAGAAACAGAACAUGGGACAAGCAGAAAAAUGGCUGCCCUAAAUCCUACCUACUGUCUAUGCUCGUACUGAUAUCCUACGAACAUGCACCUGCUGAGUUAGCACAGGCAGAAUCACUAGAAGAACUGGCAAAAUGGAUGACCAAGGAUAUCAAGAAGCUGGUCGAGAGUAUUGCUAUAAAUCAAGACCUAGACAUUCACGUCCCCGGGGAGAACCCUGUGAUUAUGGAGAAGUACGGUCACUACCUACCCGAGAAGCCACGCAUCAUCGACCCAUCCAACCCUUACAAGAACCUCUACAAACAUGGCGUCUGUCAAAUUGAGCCACAGAAGAAAGAUUCGUUUCCCAAGAGAUGGCAGUUGUUUCUCAGAGAGAUCCAUAACUUAGAUCUGACUGUUGACUUUUGAUCAUUCAUCCUUGUGUAUAUUAUUUGCUUUGUACAAAAAUUUGAAUCAUUCUUUUAAGGGUAUAA